UGAAAUUUGAUUUCUACCGUCAUAGGCCGACAGGCUGGAAAUAUCUUCAAGAUGGUUCAGACGGUACAGAUUGCCCACAUGCCGCCGGACCUGGUCCUGCAUGUUGGCCUGUAUCGCGAUCUGACGAAUGCCGGGUUUCUAAGAGACCAACUUCUAGCCGGCAAUGCGGAAUUUGAAUAUGCUUUCAUUGACGCAAGUAUGAUUGUUUCCACAAAACAUGUGCUCGCUGCGACCUUUCGGACGCUCAAUGAUUAUCUGAACGAACGACUCAAGUCUAGGAACGUUCACUCAGAGAUCGUCUUUGCUCUCAGCCCCAACAACAACAUUGGGGAGGCAUUCCGUAGAUUCGGUAUCAGUGAGACCACCAAGAAUUUGCUGGUUAUUAAAGUCGCCACCAGCCCCGCCGUCACCUUGGAAAGCGUUACCAGCCAUCUCAAUGAACACAUCAAAGGCACGCAAGUCGUGUUUGACGACGCCUCGUUCAAUUCUCUGUCAGACAUUGGUCGCAUCAAGAAAGUCUACAAGUUGACGUCGCCAACAUCAGGCAAGGUCAACGGGGUUGCCAACCGUGUCCAAGGUGCUGGGGAGAGGCAUCUUGAUUUUCUUGAAAGCCAGAUAUUGGGAUCGAUCGCUCUCCGGGGCGCAACCUAGUGAUUAUGGUCCUUUGGUCACCAAGAAGUCGGACAGUUUCGACGUCUCGGCUCCCUCCACAUGUUGAACAUGUGCACUGGAAAUAGGGACUCUAGCCAGGAACUUCGGCUCGGUAGUUCAAUUUUUGCAUCACAAAGAAUUCUCGGAUACGGCCGGUUGUGAUAAAUACUGUGCACAUUUACAUGAUCCACUGUGCCACUUCAGGCGAUCCCGGAUCAUGACCUGAGCUUGCGGCGUUUUGACACUGGUGGUGGAUGGGAUCAGGCCCGAGACCUCUCGGUCUGGACGGCAAUGACCGUGUUUGAAUCCAUCCUAUGUACAUGGCAUGCAGAUGGGGUUGCGGGUUGAUUGGACUGCAUAGUGCAACCCGCCUUUGCCGCGCGAAACAAUGACCUUCUGUGGGCGGAAGUAUGAUACCCGAAGAUAUCUGCUCUGGGCACUUUAAGCUGAUGAUCACGUCGGACCUCAAGCCGAGAAUCCAAUCGCAGUGGAUAACGAGUGAUUCACACAGAGCCAACUCAACAUAGUCACAGUAAUGCAAAAGGACUUUGUGACCUGGAGCGGCAUUUCAGUCAG